GCAACUGUAGGCCAAAGGUGUUGGAGGCGGGGUGUGCCGAGACCGGCCCCAGAGCCUGGGCAGCCCUGCUGUGGCAGUCAUGGCGCUCAGCCGGAGGCAGCCUCACCCCCGGCCUCUGCUUCUCCUGGUGCUGCUGUGGCUCCCCCAAAGCCUGAGUCUGGAGCUGAUCCCCUACAAGCCGCAGAUAACAGCCUGGGACCUGGGAGGGAAGGUUACGGCUACCACCUUCUCUCUGGAGCAGCCUCGGUGCGUCUUUGAUGGGCACGCCUCGGCCAACGACACCAUCUGGCUGGUGGUGGCUUUCAGCAAUGCCUCCAGGGACUUCCAGAACCCACAGACCCCUGCUAAGAUCCCGACCUUCCCCCAGCUGCUGACUGAGGGCCACUAUAUGACAUUACGCCUGACCCUGGACCAGCUGCCCUGUGAGGACCUGGCGGGUGGAGGUGGCGGUGUCCCCGUGCUUCGGGUGGGCAAUGACUUCGGCUGUCACCAGCAACUUUAUUGCAAUGCUCCCCUCCCCAGCCAAGGGCCUUACAGGUGGGUCAGAAGUCCCUGCCUGGGGCUGGGUGUCCUCAGGGAGGGAGGCAAGGCUCCCAGCUCCAUCGACACGUGGCCCGGUCGGCGGAGCGGCUGUAUGAUUGUCAUCACUUCCAUCCUCUCUGCGUUGGCCGGCCUCUUGCUCCUGGCUUUCCUGGCAGCCUCCACUAUUCAACUCUCCAGCCUAUGGUGGGCCGAGGAAGCCCCUGAGCAUCUGCGGAUUGGCUCCUUCACGGGCAAACGUUACAUGACUCACCAUAUCCCCCCCAGUGAGGCUGCUACACUGCCUGUGGGCUGUGAGCCUGGCCUGGACCCCCUUCCCAGGCUCAGCCCAUAGCCUGGUCUCUGCAGCCUGGCCUACAGUGAGGGGCAGAGAGCAGGCACACAGGCCUUGUGCGGUGGUGGUGUGUGUGUCUUGCAUCUUCACGGCCCCUUCUAUCUUCCCGGCUGUUUUAUCUUCUGCUUCUGUCUGUAAGUGCAUUUGGAGAUGGUCAAGGUCAGCUAGGGUUUUACUUAGCCUCCUUCAUAUAAGACUGGAGGAAGGCCAGGCUGGGGUGGUACGCACCUUUAAUUCCAGUAUUUGGGAGGCAGAGGAGGACAAAUCUCUGUGAGUUUGAGGACAGCCUGAUCUACAAAGUGAGUCCAGAACAGCCAAGGCUACACAGAGAAACCCUGUCUCAAAAAACAAUUACAGGCUGGAGGAGGUGGACAGACCAUCCUGACCUUGACCAGACUUCAGAGGACCCAGGAGGAGGGAAGUGUGGUAGCCCAAGGCUGUGAUUCUCACCCUUAGGAUGUAGAAAAGUCAUGUGCUCCAUAGCUAUAUAGCUAGCCUGGGCUAUAUAGCAGGAGCCCCUCUCAAAAAACAAACAGAAAACCCCAAACCAAUGACAACAACACAGAGCAAAAAAUGAACAACCUCAGACAAUGCCUGGCUCUGCUACAGUGAGGAGGUUGGGCUGGGCCCGUGGUGUGACAGCCAGGAACCUCGAUCUUUCUGAGGAUGGUCCUCAGCAGCGUGAAGGCUGGAGAAGGUAAAUGGCUAUGAACGACAGCUCGGCUACCUUUCCCAGACCCUCCACACAGAGAGAUGGUUCACACGCUUACCUGUUCACGCCGCGCCAUGUACUGCGUACCUGCGUACCUGCCAUUAUGUGCCCCACGAGACAACGCUGAUGGGACUUUAACUACGUGGCAGCAGGGCCGGCGCAUGCGCAUCUGUUUACCACCAAUCCUUGGCGGGUUUUUUUGUUUUGUCUUUUUUUUUUUUUUUUUUGCGCUGCCCUUUCAGGGGUCAGGCGUGGGGGAAUGUAUUCCCGACCUCAGUCAGGCCAAGCCCUCAGACUUACCAAGCCAUCUUUGAUGGCGACACCUGAGGCUCAUCGACUGUUCGCCCCUGUCCAGCUACCCUGCCCCACGUCCCCCUGUGUGAUCAAGCUCUUAGAAGUUAA